AAAACUGGGAGCAAAAGCAUCUCAGUCUCGUCCAGACUGAGCUCGAGGUGGUGCGCGACAUCCACUGAGAAAUGUCAGCCAGCCUUGCAGAGAUUGUUGCUGCCACCUGGGUUUCGGAUUGUCGAAAGGAGUUGGGUGUCAUCUGCGUAGCUAUGGUAUAAAGAGAAGAUGAUGGAGCGAUCUGAGGUGCAACAGAACGACACGCUGUGCAGCAGGAGAAGCCGCUACCUCAUCAUGGAGUUCACCGGAGAGGGGGGCUUUGGCAAAGUUGCCAGAGCUGUGGAUUUAAUCACAUCGCAGGACGUGGCCCUCAAGAUCUUAAAAAAAGAGACUCCUUCUGAAAGAGAGAUCAUGAUGCUUGAUGCGCUGCGCGCUCUUGACCCAGUCAAAAAGAAUGUGGUUCACUUCUUUGAGAAGUUCCAGGACCAAGGGCACACCUGUCUUGUGUUUGAAAAGCUGGACAUGAACCUUUUCACACUCCUCGAACAAAGACAAUGGGAGCAUUUGACCCUUAAUGAAAUCCGUCCCAUAGCUCACCAGUUGUUGACGGCUCUCGACGGCCUGAAGAGCCUCGGAAUGGUUCACGCAGACCUCAAGCUAGACAACAUAAUGCUGGUGAACCACCUGAGUGAGCCCUUCAGGGUCAAACUCAUUGAUUUCGGCCUUUCCUUCAUGAGCUCAGAAGACAAACUUGGGAAGAAAGUCCAGCCUGCGGGUUCCAGGGCACCUGAGGUCUCCCUGGGCCUCCCCCUCUCUGAGGCUAUAGACAUGUGGGGUCUUGGCUGCAUCCUUUUUUACUUGUACCUUGCCCGUCGCCCGUUUGCAAAACACUGCCAGUACCGGGCAAUGAAAGGCAUCGUGGAAAUGCUGGGCCAGCCAGCUGACCACCUCCUCCAUGCUGGUCGCUUCACUGAAGGUUUCUUCAAGAAGAACCACAAGGAGGACGGCCCAGUAUGGAGGAUGAAGGUGUUUUUACCCAUGACCCCAAGGGAAUACCAACGUGGUACCGGCGUUAAGCCCAAGAAAUGGAUGAGUCCUAUUAAACGCCUGAAUGAGCUGAUAACCCUCCACCCGUGGAUUUGGAGAUUCGCUGAGCUGGAGGACAGAACAGCGUUCGUCAGUCUCCUGAAAAGCCUUCUACACACAGACCCAGAGGAGAGGAUCACUCCGGCGAGGGCUCUCACGCACCCUUUUCUCACAAUGGUCCAUCUGUUGAACCAAACCGACAGCCUGCACGUUACGGAUGCCUUGGACAAAAUGCGCGUCGUGGGAUUUGACGACUCAGAUGGUGACCUAUGUACAGGUGGUGUGGCUGAGGAGGAGUCCAGCGAUGAAGAGGCCGCGGCCGCGCCGCGCCCCGUUGACACGGACUCGGCCGUUCAGGAUGGCGUGGGCAACGGGCGACAUCCAAUCUUUUAUUUUUUCAUUUUUUCCGUUCUUUAUAUCUUUUUAACACUUCAAAUAAAAACGGAGCUACGUGUCGACGGUGCGUCUGAGGAGGAGUCAGCCACGCCGAGUGCGAACACGACUGCAGCGGCCGGCGGCCUUUGCUCUGUCGCGGAGGACUCGGCUGUGGGCCAACACGGAGCCGAUCCAGCCGACCAGACUUUGACCAGCGACAGGAGUCCACCUGCCACAGUGAAGAAGGAGCGACUGAGGGAUGUGAAGAAGUUCCUUGACAGGGUCAGGAGUGCAAUGUUUAGAAGGAAGUACAGUAAACAUGAAUGAAAGAACGGGCCAAGCGUUAAAGUCUGACUCUUGAAUCAUUCUUGCGAGGGGUGAAGGGUCGGCAUGGUGGGUUGGGGAUAAAUGGUGCUGCAGAUCUUCUCUGUUGAAGGAUGAUUUCUCUGCUUGAGCGUUAAUCGCCGUCCUCACUCUUUCUAACCAGGACCAGACCGGUCCGCCUCUCCUCCCUAUCCAAAAUACUGUGAUUUAGAAAGGGAGGGAAGAUGGUUUGAUAGAGAAGUGAGGGACGUUAUACAUCAGCGAAACCAUCACUCAACAGAGAAGAUCUGUUCGCCAAGUGCUUCUCUCUCUCUCUCUCUCAUGCAUUCAUUAUUAUUAUUAUCAUCAUCGACAAAGUCAUUAAAUAUAUAAGUGUAUCAACAAACAAAGCGACGGACCCUGAGAGUCUCGACCAGACAGUCUGACAUGAAGAAGAUAACCAGGACAACCUUCACAGGCGUCAUAUGAUUUGUUUAUCCUUGUAAAUUCCUUUUUUUUUUUUUAAUUCAAAUUCAUGAACAAAUGUCAAUACAUUGUGUAACAAAUGUUCAUUUCCUCUCUGCUUUGGAGAUGACACCAUGACGGUUUGUUCGAGUCAAUUAUAACACAGAUGCUGAUCAUCCAGACUUAUCAAUAAAUCAUUUGGUCAAUAACAUGUUA